UAUCGUUAUUUCGUGCAAAAUAGAUAAAGAACUAAACUUGAAAUCAUGUCCUCACAGAUAGCAGGCGAGAAGGACGUAUCCUCAAAAGACAUGGCGGGUAAACACGCACUGCUCCGAGAGAGGUACCCCAUGCUGACAAAUUCCUUGCUGAAACGCAUUAUGCCCACUACCCUUAAAUUUAUGGUGGUGCGUCAUCCUUUCGAGAGAGCUCUUUCGGCCUAUCGGGACAAGCUUGAGGAUUAUGCACGGGACCUGAAAGACAGAGGAGGCUAUUAUUAUGCAAUCUACGGCAAGAAAAUAGUCAAGGCCUACCGCAAAGAGGGGACCAGCGGAGAGGACAGCAACCAGCACAGGGAACCAACCUUCCGAGAAUUCAUCCAGUACCUCCUUGAUACAGACGUUGAAGAAUAUGACGAGCACUGGAGGCCCAUUUCCCUUCUGUGCACACCUUGCCAUAUUAAGUAUGAUGUCAUUGCAAAGAUGGAGACAUUGUCGAGGGAUGCAGACUUCAUCCUGUACCAUCGUGGGCUGGCUGAUACUGUUCAUAUAGAAUGGUCACACAGGACAGACCAGCUCCAGAAGACGUCAGAUGUGGCAAGAACCUAUUUCUCACAGCUGACCUCCAGUGAAGUGAAACAGCUGUAUCAUAAAUACCUUCAAGACUUUCUAAUGUUCGAGUAUGAUUUGGAACCGUAUAUGAGAUUGACACAAACUUCAAAAGUCAACUCAACUUUAACCAUAGAUGGGAAUGAGGGUGAGGACGAGUACUAUAAUGAGGACGAUGAAGAGAAUAAUGAAGAUAAUGAGGAUGGUGAUGAGGAGGAGGAUGCAGAGUAUGAGGAAGAGGAGACUCCUAGCACAGGUGAUCAUGAUUAUGAAGAAUAUGCAGUUGAUGAUAAAAUCAGCGAAGUUGAUAAUAACCUUUAAAGUGUUGUCAUAAAAGGUUAUUAAGUAUUAUUUUACAUAGAAGUUACUAUUGGCACAUUGGUGUUUACACAGCAAAGUGGCAAUUAGGCUUCUUAUUUUUAUCUGUGAUUUUAACAUAUAAAAAUUUCAUUGACCUUUAAAUAGAUAAAUAUUCACAGCAUUGUGUUUAUACCUUGAAAUAUCAUAAUGAAAACCUCUACAUUAAUUCAUAAACUUUAAACAAACCCAUGAUUAUAUAGGUAUUAUGCGUUGGCUUAUGUAUUUUAUAAUUGUGUUGUGGGCUUUCUAGAGAGUGGGUUUGCAGCAAUUCUGAAAAUGGGGCAUUGAAACAAUGUUAUGUAUUAGUUAAGUUUUUUUAUGUUAAGGUCUAAGCACUUACCAUUCAUCAUAAUAUUUUGACAUCUGUCAAAAGUGAGAUCAUUACAUUCAUUGCUUCGCUCAAUUAUCUGAGGGCCAAACAUUUAAUGUAAAUAAUGUUUUUGCUGUGGGCUGUUCAAGAUCAAAUUUAGAGAACCAUUAUAUGUGUUGCAACUACAGGUAUAAAAACCAUAAAUAUGCCUUUGUUCCAGUUGUGGAUUGUUACAUAGUUUGCUUCUUUGGGCUUUAAUGUAUUUGCAACAUCUAUUGCCAAAUACAGAAGGGAUAAUGUCAUCCAGAUUAUAAUCUAAUGUUGUACUAGAUCAACUGAUCUCAUUUUACAUGUUUUAAAAUAAAUUUACUUCAUAUAUAUACAUAUACAUAUACAUAUACAUAUAUAUAUAUAUAUAUAUAUAUAUAUAUAUAUAUAUAUAUAUAUAUAUAUAUAUAUAUAUAUAUUUGAAUCAACCCAUCAGUGUGAUAAGUAUGAUAAAUUAGUGUGUAAAAUGAAUGAAUGAAAGACUAAGUGAAUGUUGUUUUUAAAAUGACAUUGAAAAAAAUGUGUGUUCUGUAUGUCAUUAGAUAUAAGUUAUAUUGCAAAUCGAUUGAGACUUCUUGACAACCAACUAUUAGUAAGACAAGUGUCAAGCCUUACUAUCUUGCCUAAAGCACCAGCACCUUCUGUGAAGGUUUGACAGCAGUGUUAUAAGAGCAAUUAUUAUUUAUGAAAUUGUGAGUCAUGGGGCACGAGAACAUUUUUGUUACUCACUGUAUCACUCAAACACUUCUCUAUGAGUAGUGAAUAAAGUGUUGAGCAAUGUCA